GCCUCAUCUAUCUAUUACAUUUUCUAUCAUCUUGAAAAAAUCUGAACAACAACGAUGGCGGUACCCGUCACUCUGUCUUUCCCGGCCGCUGUCUUCGGGAAUCGAUUCUCCGAAGACUUACGGAAGCUGGGUCGUCUUCAACCUCAAAGUAGACACCCAAAGCUUUUGCCUUGCAACUGUUUCUGGCGACUACCCAGAAGUAAAAGCACGUCGAGGGAGUUGCUCAAGUUGAGUUUGGCUCAGGGGAAAGAAGCUGAAGAUAGUUUCAUUCCGAAUGUGAGUGAAGAUACAGACGAUAUGUUUGAUGACUUGUUUGAUAGAUAUGGAAAGGUGGUAUACAGUAGAAAGGACAAGAAGCCUCCUAGUGAAGAGCUUGAUGACGAUGCUGAGAGCUUAUCAUUUGCUGUAGAAUUGGCUAAAGUUGCAAAUGAGGUAAAGGCCGGAGAUAUAAAGGUUCUUUUUGUGAAGCCUCUUGUAUACUGGACUCGGUUUUUUAUUAUCGUCACAGCAUUUUCUCGUCCACAAAUUAAUGCAAUUGGGACCAAGAUGAGAGAUCUGGCAGAGAAAAAGUAUGGAAAAGUUCCAACUGGAGACGCUAAACCCAACUCAUGGACCCUGUUGGACUUUGGUGAUGUCGUAAUCCAUAUAUUUCUUCCGCCACAGCGAGAUUUCUACAACUUGGAAGAAUUCUAUGGUAACGCUACACCCGUUGAACUACCUUUCGAAAACCAGCCACCAAUGCGAGGCUAAGAAAUGCAUAUUUUCCCAACAAAUAGAACUGGGUGCUGAUGGAUGCAUUCAUUGGAUGGCCUAUGCAGCUAUUUCAACCUCCGCCAGUUUUGGAGUCUUGAUCUGCUAACUUGCAGAAUGACAGUGUUACUGAAAAGACUUUCUGGGCCUAGCACGGUUAUUUGGGAUGACACCAUCAGCGCAGUAGGCAUGGUGCAACAGUCUACAUUUUAGUUAGUGUUCUAAGGAAUACUUAGUUUAGAGGCUUGCACAUGUAAUAUUCGUUAGCGGCUAUACGAGGGAUCUUGAACACUAUUUAGUCUAUAGCUUACUGUUUUUGUUUAUUUAUUGUGGAAUAUAAGUUGCAUAUUCAUAUUCUCUUGGAAGUGUUGGUACCCACUACCCAACAAAGGACUCUAGUCUCUAGAAA